CAACUUCCUCUCCUUCUUCUAUUUCUAAACGACGAACUAUAACAGUAGCUAGGGUUUACCUGAAGAUGACGACGAUGGAAAGCUUGAUCGGUUUGGUUAAUCGGAUACAGCGGGCCUGUACUGUGCUCGGCGACUACGGCGGUGGCGACAACACUUUCUCUUCUCUGUGGGAAGCUCUCCCUUCUGUUGCCGUCGUCGGCGGCCAGAGUUCGGGGAAGUCUUCGGUGCUGGAGAGCAUUGUGGGGCGUGACUUUCUUCCCAGAGGAUCAGGGAUUGUGACGAGGCGGCCGUUGGUGUUGCAGCUCCACAAGACUGAUGAAGGAACUCAGGAGUAUGCCGAGUUUCUUCAUCUCUCCAAGAGAAGAUUCACUGAUUUCACCGCGGUUCGAAAGGAAAUUCAGGAUGAAACUGAUAGGGUAACAGGAAAGUCAAAAAUGAUAUCUCCUGUUCCUAUCCAUCUCAGUAUCUAUUCCCCCAACGUUGUCAACUUGACCCUAAUUGAUUUACCUGGUUUGACGAAAGUUGCUGUUGAGGGCCAGCCGGAAAGUAUUGUUGAAGAUAUUGAAAACAUGGUUCGAUCUUAUGUUGAGAAGCCAAAUAGCAUCAUACUAGCAAUAUCCCCAGCCAACCAAGAUAUAGCUACAUCUGAUGCUAUCAAACUUGCACGGGAAGUGGAUCCACAAGGUGAAAGAACGUUUGGGGUGAUGACAAAGCUUGAUUUGAUGGACAAAGGAACUAACGCUUUGGAUGUUAUUGAAGGAAGAUCUUACCGCCUGCAACAGCCUUGGGUUGGAGUUGUGAACCGUUCCCAAGCGGAUAUUAAUAAGAACACGGACAUGAUUGUUGCAAGGCGCAAGGAACGUGAGUACUUCGCAACUAGUCCUGACUAUGGGCAUUUGGCUAAUAGAAUGGGUUCGGAGUACCUCGCUAAACUUCUGUCACAGCACUUGGAGACUGUAAUUAGGGCUCGUAUCCCAAGUAUCACAUCGUUGAUCAACAAAAGCAUUGACGAACUUGAGUCUGAGAUGGACCAUCUUGGUAGGCCUAUAGCCGUUGACGCUGGAGCUCAGUUGUACACUAUUUUGGAACUUUGCCGUGCAUUUGACCGAAUAUUUAAAGAGCAUUUAGAUGGAGGGCGACCUGGAGGUGAUAGGAUUUAUGGUGUCUUUGACAACCAGCUACCUGCUGCUUUGAGGAAGCUUCCAUUUGAUCGACAUCUCUCUUUGCAGAAUGUAAGGAAAGUGGUUUCAGAGGCUGAUGGUUAUCAGCCUCACUUGAUUGCCCCAGAGCAAGGUUACCGCCGUCUUAUUGAGGGAUCACUGAAUUACUUUAGAGGGCCAGCUGAGGCUUCUGUUGAUGCUGUCCACUUCGUCUUGAAAGAACUUGUGAGGAAGUCAUUGGCAGAAACUCAGGAGUUGAGACGGUUUCCGACUCUGACAGCUGAAAUAGCUGGUGCUUGUAAUGAAGCAUUGGAAAGGUUCCGUGAUGAGAGUAAGAAGUCAACUCUCCGCUUAGUGGACAUGGAAUCUUCAUACUUGACUGUGGAGUUCUUUCGAAGACUUCCACAGGAAGUGGAGAAACCAAUAACCCCAGGAGGAAAACCAGGAAACCCAGGUGGAAAUCCAGCUGCAAAUGCUGCUGCUGCUAUGGACCGCUAUUCAGAGGGUCACUUUCGGAGGAUAGGAUCAAACGUGUCCUCUUAUGUGGGAAUGGUGUCUGACACUCUGAGGAAUACAAUUCCCAAGGCUGUCGUUCACUGUCAAGUCAGGGAGGCAAAAACGUCGUUGCUAAAUCACUUCUAUAUUCAAAUAGGAAAGAGAGAGGGUAAGCAGUUGGGUCAACUGCUUGACGAAGACCCGGCAUUGAUGGAGAGGAGGCUACAGUGUGCUAAAAGGCUUGAAUUAUACAAGGCAGCUAGGGAUGAGGUUGAUUCUGUAUCAUGGGUCCGCUGAGUGUCUGCAUGUCUUCAUAAUUUCUGCUACGGAGGUUUUCUCUUUUCAUCUGAUUAUGUUGUUGACACAAGUUCUCAUGCUUUGGGAUGGGGUGGUGAAUUCUUGUUUUAUUGUUUGAUUAUAUUUGCUGUGUAUUUAUCUUUGUAUAUGUGUAGAACUUAUGUAAUGUACUCUUUUAUAGUAGUAUCAGGUUAAUUUUGCAUGGC